AUGGGGGACAAGAGGAAGAAGACGUUCAUGUUCAUCCGUCUUGUGUCAGCAGCUGGAACAGGAUUCUUUUAUGUGAAGAGAAAGAGUAGCAAAGGACUUCUUGAGAAGCUUGAGUUCCGCAAGUACGAUCCUCGUGUCAACCGCCAUGUCCUCUUCACUGAGCAGAAGAUGAAAAAGUGGGGUCUCUUUGAUGGUCUAAGUGACGUGGGACCCACGAUUUUGGAAAGCUAUUCAAGGGUAUUAGAAAAUCUGGCUUUGAAGAUAUUGUCAAGAAUAGAGGAUGUUCUUGAAGCUGAUUUGUUAGCUCAAAGACAGGUGGUAUCAGCAGAAACACCAAACUCGAGGAAACUAUCAGACUUCAUAGGGUGGAGACUGUCAUCAGAAAAGAAACAUAGUUCGAUGAGUGAUAUCGAGUUCUUCUACAGAGCUGAGCAGGAGAAGCCGAUGAUGAAGUCUCCAAGAGCUUUACCGAAGAAACUUUCAUAUCUAUCGAAGUUAGAGAAUAUGAGAAGCCCGAGUGAUAGACACUGA